CUAAAGAGACCUCCUCACUCCCGGUUUAUCAAGCUGUGCCCAACUUGCAACGAAGACUUCCUCGACGAAAUAGUGUUCGACCGCGAGCAUGGCGACGAAGGACAGCUCUGCGACAAUGUUCGUGCGCAGCGGAAGGGUAUUGAGGGGCAGAUGCUACAAUGGUGCAAAUUGUAUGAUAUGUUGAAGGGGGCGAUGAACUAGACUCCAAAUAUAGCAGCCCGCCCUACCAACCAGGACGAUUUCACUCCUAUGACACCUGCUCCCCAUACGCCGAUGGAUCCGCUCGCUGCGAACACGAUUUCGACUCUCGGUACAUAUAACCUGCACCAAGACGCACCAUCAAGAAUUUGCCACAAAGAGCGACCGCCUGACAUCUUUUGCGCAACUCCAAACACUAGUCUGUACCCUAUAGAGCCCACACUGCCCGAUUUGCCCCCAGUGUUCGAUCUUCCUACGCCUACAACACGAUACGAUUCUGGCUUCCAGGCCAGCCACGAAAGCUAUUCCCCAUAUCGCCAAUUCGACCGAGAAGGUCUAAAUCAUACAAGGCCAUUGUAUUCUCUUGUGGGUGCUUGGGAGAUAGGACCCGACUUGACAUGUUCAAGGCUCGAAGCGACUUCUGACGCAACGCAAGAUGACAAUGAUGUCGUUGAAGUACAGCAAGAAAAUAUCGAAAGCGCAGUCGAUACAAAUGCUAGACCGCUGCCAAUGCAAGAUGCAGCAAAGCCUGCUUCACAGAAGAAACGGUAUUCAGAAGUUGUAUGCAAAACAUGUGGCCAAGGUUUUGCCGGUCAAUAUGGACCUGGUAAUUUGAAGAGACAUGUACUCCAAAUGCAUUCAAUAACGUCAAGGAGGGGCUAUUCUUGUCGAGUAUGUAAGAAGUUUUACAAUCGUAGCGAUGCAUUGCGUUGCCACGAGCAGCAAAAGCACCCUGGUCUAGCAAAGAGACCGAAACCACGAAUAAGAUAUCGGUGAAUUAGAUAGGUUCAUAGAAACAUCGAUCUUGGCAACGAGUUUGCUUUGGU